GCUUUCGUAGCUGGGGCGGCAUGGAGGGAGGGGCCUAAGGAACUUCCGUGAAGCCUGAGAUGACCGAGGGCUGGUGGUAGCCGCUGCUGGCCAGGCUGCGCGGGGGUGGGGGCAUGAAGGGGGGCAGGCCGCGGGCGCAGGGCUCCGUGUUACCCCAAGCCCCGCCCCGCCCCGCCGGCCUGUCAGCCCCGCCGCUGGUUGCUUGGCAGGCCGGCCGCAGCGUGGCCCUCCUUGCCUGAGGGUGGCCGGCGUUAGUGCAUCGCCUUAGGGCAGCAUCGGGCUUUAUCCGCCCCGCCCCAACCUGUAGAAUCAACGAUCUAGGCCAGGGGAGCCUUAAACCGCCUCUAACACCCCCCCCCCCAACAAAAUAAACUGCCAAAAAAAGAACCGUUGGCCCAGCCCAACGGCUAGAAAUACGUUUGUGGGGUUGUUGUUUUUUAAAGGGGGGGGGGGUUGGUUUUAAAUGGCUCCCUGCUUGAGGGGCAGUAACCUGCUGGGGUGUGAAAACCAGAAAGUGAAACUGACUCCAACCAAAGGGAGACCGGAGCGGGGGGGAGAUCCCUGCAGUGUCAGACAUAACCUCAUCUCUUGGACCUGGGUGUCGUGACCCAGCUCGGAAGCGGAGCCAGCAGCUGAAAUCUUAACAUGACAAUGGCUCCAUUACCGGGAGCUGAAUUAGUCCAGAAGCCUUUGCAGUUGUAUCGCUACCUGCUUCGAUGUUGUAAGCGGCUUCCUACAGAAAAUAUCCAACAGCAUUACAGACAUGCAAUCAGACAGAGUUUCAGAGUUCAUGCGGAUGAAGACAGUCCUGAGAGAAUCCAGCAGAUUAUUAAGAGAGCCAUUGAAGAUGCUGACUGGGUCAUGAAUAAAUAUACGAGACGGAGGUAGAAAGAAGGGGGUGAAGAGAAGAUGCUCAUCAGUACAGAUCCUCAGACAGAGUCCAGGCAAAUAAGCCCAGUUGUUUAUAAGAGUGCCACGUUGUAAACUGUGCCUGCAGUUACUCCUGGUUUAAAAUGGUUUGUCAUAAUACUUACUUCACUGGGGUGUCGUGAGGCUUAAUUCAUCUUUCUGAAGCUCUUUGAGAUUUUUUUUAAAACUAUAAAACUCCUCGGCUAAAGAGCUUCCCCACUAUUUUUUUUGUUGGGGGGGGGUGGAGGGAGUGGAGAUGGGAAGCAGAGAGCGAUUUCAGAUCCCACGUUUUGAGUUGGUUCAUCCUAUGAUGGAGACAGGAGCUGGCUGCUGAAGCCCCUAUCCUGCUAGUGGAUAUUACUGCAAGAUCAGAGCCUAAGAUUAGAUCAAGAUCUAAAAUGCAUCAGAGUUUCAUAGGGUUGGGAUUUUUAAGCUGGUGUUUAUUAAUAAUAACUGGACCCAAACAUACCUCUAUUUUUUUUUAAUUAACAAUGGCAAUCCUGCACUGCUGUUACAAAUCAAUGGCCUGCAAGAGGCAAAUAAAUUGGAUACGGCAUUUGCUCCAAACUAAAGAAAUAGAGCAGUCUACCGACUACACCAAAGAAAUUCAAAGGCUAGCCCUUUACUAGUUCUAAUAUACUUACUCUUGGCAGCAUGUAUUGAACCAUGUUCUAUGCCCUGAGUUACACCCAUAAAUGGGGAGAGGGUUACAUGCGUGUAACUGAUGGCAAAAUAAUUGGCCUGUGGCAUCUAAGAUUCUCUUCACCCACCCACUCAAUGAAAGGAGACAGAACCUGCUUCUGCUAUGCAGACACAGCAAAAACAAAGGAAGGAUGAAACUUCUCUGUCUUGUAGGUUUGUCAUGCCCUGCUAGAUUAUGUGAAUGUCAUUUUUUGAUUGUUGCUUUUAGUUCUCCUUAAUGUUUCUACAAAUUCCCUUUAAGUUUGACAAUAAACAGAAACCUGACUUUGCAUGGUCAGAACUGUUACACUGACACAGUUUUAUUUAAUACCCGAGGAGAAAAAAUAAAAACACUUGAAGAA